AUGGCGUCCUAUCAUCGAGUAUUGGAAACAUUUGGAAGAUCUGUUAAUGAUAUUACUCUGGAAUGUGACUGUGACAUUCACCCAUGGGAACUCGCCAUUAAUGAUGAGCAAUGGGCUGGUAAAAUCCGCUUGAUCGGGUUUGUGGAUGUGUUCUUUCUCAUCUCCUACUCCGCAAAUGCCCGUUUCGAGCAUGGGAUUAUCGUCUAUAAGGAUAAACUAGCUCUGGAGCAGUUGACGGGUAUCAAGUCUACUAAACACGUUGCCGCGGACGAGGAGCAUCCGGAGCCUGAAGAAAACCUUGAUAACGCCGAGGACCCCAAUGCGACAACGAAGUCGGACGAAGACGCGAAAACAAAGCCAGCCGAUGCACCAGCCGAUUCUAAAAAGGGGGCUGGCGAUCAAAAAGAUGAGGAGAUCACUUCGCCUGAGUUCCGAAAAACCAGCACCCUUUCGAUAAAGAGCUUAGGCCACCCUAUUGGACUCCGCGCCUCGUAUCCCAAGUCGUGGAUCCGCCCAUACAAGGUGGAGAUCACCAAACCUGCAAGUUGGGCAUUGAGCAAGCGCAUCAUGCGGGGGCUGAAACCACAUAGUACUUAUGAUUUGAUGAGCGAUGUGAUUCGUUGUGGUAUCAUCACCCAGGGACAGCUAGCGGGACAUAUCAUGGGCGUUCUUCUCGCUGGAUCCCGUUUGGACGACACAACGAAAAAAUACCUCGAUGGAUUGACGUCAGGAAGUGAUGCUGGACGACAGGCGCUAUCGAAUGAGAAGAUCUAG